AUUUGACGUUAGCGAAAAGAAAAGAAAGUGAAUUUGAUAGCGGCCAAAGCGGCGUGUGCAUUUUUCAAGAAAUUUCUGUAAUUUUCGUAGUUCUCAUAACACCUUUUCCUAAACAUGUAGAAUAAAUUGGCUGUUUUAACUGCCUAACAUCACGUGUGAUAUUUUUUAGUGUAGAGCGAGAGUUUUUAAUAGAGACGCGCUCAUGUGUAAGUCUUCGAAAAUGGUUUCGGGGAGUACGAGGGUGAUUCAGGUCACCAACAUCGCACCACAAGCGACGAAAGACCAGAUGCAGACUUUAUUCGGUUAUUUAGGUAAAAUAGACGACAUCAGGCUCUAUCCUACCAUAAGAGACGUGUCUUGCCCUGUACAAUCAAGGAUAUGUUAUGUCAAAUAUUACGAUUCGGCGACUGUAAAUGUGGCUCAACAUAUGACAAACACCGUAUUCAUCGAUCGGGCAUUGAUUGUGAUCCCAAUGCAGUCUGGAGAGAUACCGGAUGAACAUAAGGCUUUAGAGAUGUCAAGUAAUGGAACAUUGGUACCUGGAUUGAGCAGCGUGGAGCCGCGUCUUCCCGCGCAUAUACUCAAUGCUUUAGAGGGCAUGCCGCCUAAUCAAGUUAUUCAAACACAUGACCCGAAAAUGGUGGCAGCAGGGCUUCCUCCAUACCCUCCAUUGCCAGCCACAUAUGAUGCAAGAAAGAUUGAAGAAAUCAGACGCACUGUGUUGGUAGCUGAUGUAGGCUCCCUGACUCAACAGCAGCUCGUUGACCAUUUCUGCCAAGCUGGUGAAGUGAAAUAUCUUCGCUUCUGUGAGCGUGAUGUGGAUACUGUAAAAUAUGCCCUGGUAGAGAUGACUGAGCAAGAGAGUGUUUUAGCGGCUCUCAAACUAAAUGGCUCCACUGUCGAUGGACAAACUAUAAAGGUGCACCAUGCCACUCAGUCAAUCUCCAAACCACAGACAAAAAGCAAUGAGGCAGCUCAGCGGGAAAUUGAAGAAGCCAUGUGCAGAGUAAAAGAAGCACAGAACCUCAUUUCUGCGGCCAUUGAUCCCGUCAUUGGCUUACUUUCUAAAGACAAAAGAAGGACCCGUUCCCGUUCGAGGUCGCGCCGCCGCUCUCGCUCGCGCUCGCGCCGCUCCCGCUCGCGACACCGCUCGAAGCGCUCGCGGUCCCGUUCGCGACAUCGCUCACGUCGCUCCCGGUCGAGACAUAGACACCGCUCCAGAUCUCGUUCCCGUCAUCGCAGCUCGCGGCGCUCCCGUUCUCGAUCCCGCCACCGCAGCUCACGCUCCAAGCGGGACCGAUCUCGAGACAAAGACAAAAAAGACUCCAGUGACAAGAAAGAUAAAUCCAAGUCACCACUGAAAGAUAUCGAAAAGGAGGAGAAAGAAGAACCCAAACCUGAAGUACAAGAGAACGAAACCAAUGGCAAUAGUUCUGAAUCGAAAUCCAAAGCUUCUACCCCAGCUGAGGAUAAAGACAAGGAAUUGGAUAAAGAAAAGGAUCGCUCGCCGUCUAAGAAGAGGUCGCGGUCUCGUGAAAAGAAACGUGACAGGUCUCGUUCUCGGCGUCGCUCGCGCUCGCGUUCCAGGCGUAAGCGGUCGCGAUCGCGAAGAAGGUCACGGUCUAGGGAUAGGAAGAGAUCCCGGUCCAGGGAUAGAAAGAGAAGUAGAUCCAGGGACCGAAAACGAUCUCGCUCUCGUGAUAGAAAAAGAACAAGAUCCAGAGAUAGGAAGCGUUCCCGAUCUAGGGACAGGAAGCGUUCGCGCUCUCGGGACAGAAAGCGCUCCCGUUCAGGAAGUAGACGGUCUAAAAGCCGUUCACACCGGGACUCCAAGACGCCUCACGAAAGAAGAACUCGUGACCGUAGUCCCAACCUUUCCAUAAUAGAAGAAAAAGACAAUUCCAUCAUUGAAAAAGCCCCAGAUUUGAAUGAAGAGAAAAAUUCUCCAGAUAACAUGGACAUUUCUAAUUCACCGUAAAUAUUGACAUUCAUAUAAUGCGGUAUCUAGCAUCGUUAAUUCUUUUUCUUCAAUCUUAGAAAUUUAUUUCUUGAUAAUUCUCUAAGUCUCUUAGUUAAGCUUUACUGAAAUAAAUAUAAUAGUUUGAA